UUUUAGUUUGGUCAUGAACAAUAUUGCAGCUUUCAUCUAUCUAUUACUCAACAGAUUCAGUAAAAGAUAUUUUGCUCUUGCAUUGAUUUAUUGUGCUGACUGCAGCCAGAUUGAAGCUUCUGCCAGCAGGACAUGAUGGAGUCCUGUGCAUUUUGAUGAAUAUGGAAAACCUGCACCAGAGACAAGCCAAACAUAAUCGGAUUGUUUCAUUGCCCCUCUGAUUGUAGCCCCUAUUACUAGAUUUAUUUGAAUGACAAUACUUUAUGCUGUGCAAUCACAGCUGCUUCUAGGUUUUAUAAAAGACAGUGAUAAACUGGAUGCCAGUGUUGAGCUGUAUAGCCCUGCCAGAUGCCAACAUGGCUAUCGGAAAGAUCGUUUUCUAUGAGGACAAGAACUUUCAGGGCCACCAUCAUGAGUGCAGCAGCGACUGUGCAGACCUGCACCCCUAUUUUACCAAAUGCAACUCUAUCAGGGUAGAGAGUGGGUGCUUCAUAGUGUAUGAGCACCCAAAUUAUAUGGGACAGCAGUACUUCCUGCGGAGGGGCGAGUAUUCUGACUGUCAGCGUAUGAUUGGGUUCAGUAACUGUAUUAUGUCAUGCCGUAUGAUCCCCAUGUAUAAUGGUAACUACAGAAUGAGGCUAUAUGACCGGGCUGAUAUGGGAGGUCAGAUGAUUGAACUCACAGAAGAUUGCCCUAACAUCAUGGACCGCUUCCAUACAUCUGACAUCCACUCCUGUCAUGUGAUGGACGGCCACUGGCUUCUAUACGAGCAGCCCAACUACAGGGGACAAAUGUAUUACCUUGGACCAGGUGAAUACAGGAAGUACAGCGACUGGGGAGGAACGGCCCCAAGAAUUGGGUCCCUCAGGAGAAUAACCACUUUCAACUAG